CCAGGUCUGAAUUUUAAUUUGGCCGGUCUCGACGAAAAGGCUUGUGCCACAGUGUCGGACGAUUUCCAGGUGGCACCAACCAACAGCAAUGUGCACAAGCCAUCUUGCUUCAGCCGCGAUGGCUCUCGCGUCGCAAACUCUCUGGCCCCGACUCCGUCUUUCCAUACCAUGAACGGCCACUCGAUCCUUUGCCCAGUUGCCCACGUCUUCGCGGUAUCAUGCCGCUGCCUCCAUCCUGGCCUCGGUUACGAGACCACGAGUGCUAGACUUGCUUCCUGACGAACGCCAGAUUGAGCGUAUCUGCCGGGCCUUCCAAGCGCUAAGGUGAGGUACAGCGGUAAGCAGCGGCGCCAUCAAGUGUCCUAGCGCGUACCUAGUCCCCACGAUGUACGUUUACAGGUGGCUUUCGUUUGAGAGCGGCAAUGGCAGGCCGUCCACAACAGAGACAAAAAAGAUAUUGCAAAAGCAACUGCUUGGAUUAGACCAAGUCUCAGGUGGUCUGUACAACGCAUUAUUGUCUAACCCUGGCUUUCAAGAAGAACCCCUUGUGGCUGGCCAGUGUGACUUAGGGCUUCUGGUCACCACGAGUUUCAGGCCUAGCUCGCUCCAUCUGCUGCGCGUCAUUGCCCAACCCGACUGUCUGCCUUACUGUCGACCUAGACGGGCAUUGCUAUUCCCUCACACGGAGUCGUGCUCCGCAAUCUUCGAGGAGAUAAUGGCAUCGACAUCGCGUCUUCCAGCCUCAUCAAUUAAUCACGGGCAACGGCGGACUGCCUUUCGAUGGACCUCAUCUCCGAGCUUUUGCUCGCAUUCGAUCCCAUCAAAUUGGACGUUACUCAUCCUCGGUCCAACAUCUAAGAAGAGUAGCCCGGAUACACCGGUAGGAGGAUGCUACGUGGUUACCGGAUGACAGUGGUGUCUCCCUAGGGUUUGUGCGGCCGCGGAUCCCUCGUCCAUUAUUUUCUGGAAAGAGGUUCGGGGCCAAAGUUACCAACCUCCUUCAACGGAGCAUUAGGCAAGCCCCGACAGGGUGGGCUCUCUGGGAAGUUCCAGUCCAUCGUCGUUACAACACGUGUGCAUUCAAUUGGAAACUCAGACUGCCGACUGGCAAAAGGCCGCCAGCAUCGUGAAUUCAGAGAUACCUCGUACAUUUGGCGGCUUUUGAAUAUACCCUGCUCAGUGGCUGACGGACGUGAG